GAUUCGAAACUAAAAUUUAAUUUGUAUCAUUUAUAUUUUGGGCCAAAAAUAUCCCCAAGUGAUAUUUUAAAACACUUAAUAUUCCAAACUUCAUUUUUUUUUUAAAUUUUUAUUUUAAAAUAUAUUUAUUGAAGUUAAUUUGAGUGUACAGGUAAACUGAGGUGCACACCUGAGUCGACCUCAACGCCACCUGUGCAGUGUGUACAAGUGAAAAAGCGCCGCAAUGGCGUCGUACAUAACCUGGUCGCUAGCGUUCUUCUUUAUAUGCUGUAUAACCAGAGGUAUUUAUACUUCUCAUACAAUCCAAUCAACAUUAUGCCAUGUUUAAAAAUGGUUUGAAAAUAUCUUAAAUUUAUUCAUUUACGUUAAGUUCUUCUCAUAAUUACUUUAAAAACAAAUUAAGAUCGCUUGUUUAGGCCCUAUUAUUUUUUUUAGCAUUUCCGGGUAACAAGGCCUAAUGAAAUGCCACUCAGUAAUGCUGGAUGUAAUGGCUUUUUAGUUCAAUUUUAAUAAGUUUUUUUUAUUAAAAAAGAUAUUCCAUGCCAUAACCAAACCUUGAGUAAACCCCUACUCACUGUUCCAUUGCAAUAUAAUAAUUGGAUUGAUAUAUGGACCAUAUUUAAUUUAUAUUCACCGUUACUCGAUCAAAUCUCAAUACUCAAUGAGACUUUCACUUUUAUCCUUGAUUAGUGAUUAGGCCUAUUUAUUACAAUUUCGCUAUUCACUAAACUAUAUUAUUGAGGGGUGCAGUACUAAGCCAACACUAAAAAAGUAAGUUUGUGUGUAAACCUCCAAUUAGCAGAAGCUGUAGCCUGAAAGUUAAUAUAAAAUUUAAUCACUGCCACGCUAAGGCUAAAGUCUAAACUUCCUUCAAAUAAGAAAUUACCUAUUAUAAUGGCAUUAUAAAUUAAAAAUAUAUAUUAACUUAUUAUAUCUGGGCUUAGUCAUAGAUCACUGAUCAAUAAAACUAUAGGGUCUCUUAACUUAAGUCUAUCAUCAAAAUUUAAUUAAAAUAAUCUCAUAAUAUAGAUUAAAUCUACAGGUUGUUUUGUCAAGUAAUUAUAAGAGUGUGAAGUUGGACUGCGAUAAAGAUUUCAAAAAGCCAAUUAAAAACACAUUGUAUAAAUAAAACAAUAUAGGUUAAGCUUUCAUUAUUGUUACACUGAAUACAAAUGCAAAUGUUUCGGCCAAUGCUUUCUUCAGUACAAAAAAAAACACCAUUCAUAUUCAUAUAACUAUAAAUAAAAAUUUAAAAUCAUACCUAAAAAUGAAAGAAAUCAAUAAAAACUUAGAAUGGGCACAAGUCCCUAAUGCAAAUAAUGCUCAGAAGAAUGGAAAGUUUUGUCACCUUAGAUCCUUUCGUUUAUUAAAUUUCGGCAUGUUGGAAUGUAAAUGUAGGCUGUUAUUUGGCCAUAGCUUCAAAUGUUGUUCUAAAUAUUUAAUUUCUCAUUAUCAUUUAUGAGAUUAGAAUGUCUCCAUCUCUAUUUGUAUAUAUAUAUAUAUAUAGGCCUGUAUAUAUUUAUGUGUGUUUCAGAAUGUUUGUAAAUAUAAAUAUAAGUGAAGUCACUGAUGAUUUUCAUUCAUCAGAAACACAUUAUCAUUUUAAUAAAUGAUAUUUUUCACCAAAGCAAAAACGAAUUACUAAUACCCUGUAUUUCUGUGACAUUUUAUUCUGGGUGUGGCUAUACAGUGCUACAACUUGGGGUUGAUUUAAGUGCAGUUGUUGUUUUUUUACCAGAAUGGCGUUAUCAUGUCAUUUUCUAUAAUGUGUUCUGAACAACGAAUGGGAAAUAUUGAAAAGUGAAUUUAUAAAACCAGUAGUGAUAAAGGCAUCAAAGUCGAAGGCUUAAAAAAAACUAAUUUGAUAAUAUAAUCCUAAACCAGAAGUUCUCAACUUUUUAAGGGAUGCAUCCCCUUUAUUAUUACUAUAAUUAUUAUUAGUGGUUUUAUAUAGCGCGGUACGCCAGCCUAAGGCUUUGCUCACCACGCUGUACAUACAAUUUAACAAACAUAAUCAUGCACUUAAAAAUGAACAUACAUUAAUUAAAUUAAACAAAACAAAUAUAUAUUCACUCCAUACAUUCAAGAACUAUUUACAUGUCAAGGCAUGGACGGCACCCAACAGCAUCAUUUAUCAGGCAGAGGGGAGAAUCAGUCAGUAUAGUAGAGUUUAAAGAGAUGUGUUUUGAGUGCAGUUUUGAAGGCUGUGAUGGUCGGUAUACUGCAGAUGUGUAGCGGAAGAGAAUUCCAUUGUUUGGGGGCGCAGAAAGAGAAAGAUCGUUCAUCGUAUGUUUUUGUGUGAGUCUUGGGGACAGAAAGAAUACGCUCAUCUGCAGAAGGGUGAAGCUGUCAAAGGGGUGAAUAGACAGAGAGAAGUUCAGUUUGAUAGGAAUGGCAGGAAUUCGAGAAAAAGUUGUGGCAGAGAACAGAGAGUUGGUAGUCAAUCCGUGCUUGUACAGGGAGCCAAUGAACUUAAUGGAGUGACAUGAUCAUGCUUUUUUUCCUUUAGAACUAACCUAGCAGCUGAGUUUUGAACCUUUUGUAAUUUUUCUAAGAAGCGUUUUGGUGAACCUGACAGAAGAGAGUUGCAAUAGUCAAGAUGAGAGAGAACAAAAGCAUAGACUAGGGUUUUUGUUGCACUAACUGUGAGGUAGUGGCGGAUGGAGCUGAUCUGAUGGAUAGCGGUUAAUGCAGAGUGACAAAUAUGAGAGAUAUGAUUAUCGAGAGACAUGUUGUUAGACAGAAUAAAACCAUUAUUCCUAGCGAAUGAUGUAAACUGCAUGUCGGAGUUACUUAUUGAAAUGAGGUGGGGAGAGCUGAUUUAGAGGAUGAUUUGUGAUCAUGAAUAACAUCUGUCAAGUUGUGGUGAUACACAACCAGAAUUAUACCUUGAAAUUGAGAAACAGGUGUAAAGUAGGGGAGAGGAGCAGAGCUUUUUUGUAGAUAAAAAGUUGUUUGUACUCUAAAUUUGAUCCGGGGUGGGGGGAAGCAGAAAUAAGGACAACGAAGGGUCAAGGGUUCUGUAGAGGAUCUCUGUAAGUCAAUCCCUAGAAUAUUGUUGAUAUAUUCACACAUCCAAUUAUAGUUUUGUGUGGAAGCUGCCAACUUUUAAUUUUAGGCACACACACAAAUUAAACAACGAAGAAAGAAACAGCAAAUUAUAAUAUAACAAAUUAACAUUUAACAAAUGAAAAGAAACUGCCAAACUAUUUAUUUUAAUGAUGUUAAAUGUAUCUUUAGUGUAGUAACAAUAAGAAACUAGUACAAUCGCUGUAUAUAUUUACAUUUUAAAAUUAAUAUUCCAAUAAGAAGAAAAGCAUCACAUUUUACAUACCGUACAAAAACAUUUUGUCAGAUAACUAACUCAUAACAUUCAAACACGGAGCGUUUUUUUUCUUCAUGUUUUCUGGUAUAAAUGAUGCAUAGUAUUUAAAUAAAUAUUUAUAUCAUCAUCAUCGUGGCAAUACCAUUUCACCUUCUUUCAGUUAAGAAAUUGCUUCACUUAUUAAAUGCAUGUUAAAUUACACUAGUAUUAUUAAAUUCUAUGACAGAACUUAGAAAUGAUCCAUGCACACACACACAAACACAAACUUAUGUUUCUGGGUAACAUCAGCCAGUAAGCUUAUGAAAUGAAAUAAUAAUUGUCAAUAAAAACUGCCAUGGUUAUAACCAAAGAUCGGCAUCUUGCUAAAACAAAUAAUCACGCAAAAUUAGCAAGUACCUUAUAAUUUUGAGAGCUUUGCAGUUUCAUCUAGCUUAAAUUUGGUUUUGCACAACUGUACUUUAAAUUACAUUUACAAAAAAAGGGGGCUAUAAAAAUUCAUAUAAUUUCAAAUGGUCAGACUAGCACCAAUGAUGCAUAACUGGGCCUUAUAAUAGAUAUUACCACCUGCUCCUCAACAAAAAAAAUUAAGUACCGGCACUUCACAAUAAAAAAAAAAGAGAUGAGAUUGUCCGCCAAAAGAAAGAGAGAAGCAAUUUUAAUCAUUGAACAAUGAGAUAAUGCUGAUAUUUUAUUCUCCAUUUCAAUAAUAAUAUUUUGAUGGCAAUGAUAAAUUAAUCAGUUGCUAUGCACUAUUGCAAAAAAGGGAAUAUUUGACUUAUGAAGGGUGAAGAUUUACACAAAAUACAAAACAUUACUAUCCUAUUUCGACCUUAUCAAUUAUAUAAUACUUUUUGCCAUAUAAAAUUUACUCUACUCUUAGGUUCUAGUUAUUACAACUUUAAAUUUAAUAAAUUUUCUGUUCUCUGCCGAUUUCUAUAUCUUAAGCAUCAAAAAGGAUCCGUUCUACCUACAAUGUGGCAGUAAUGAAAAGGACUAAUACUUGUAUUUCUGUGACAAUUUGUUCUAGGUCUGGCUAUCCAGUGCUACCAAUGUGACAGUAAUGAAGACUACACAUGUCCAUCUGGUUAUGCCUUUGACAAAUCAGUUAAUGCCUUGUUGGACUGCAAUGGCUUUGAGGCGGACAUUCCAGGCCAGUUUUGUGUGAAGAUUUACCAAGAAAGUCCAGGAUGUAAGUUAAAUUUUUUUAUUGCACAAUUUUAUAACAACCAACUCACUUUUUAACUAAGUUACAUUUUUGAUUGUUCAUAAGCUAAUUUUUUAAAUUAUGGAUUGAAAUAAACAUGGAUUCCCUUAAUAUAAUCAGUCAAAUGCAGAAUUUUUGCAUUCUCCAUAAACACAACAAAAUAAAAGCAAGUACUGACUCUUUCUGUGAUUAAAAAAACUUCCAACAUGUAAUUUUUGAAGAGUGAAGGCUGAAAGUUUUGGGAACUGUUCUAUAAAAAGAUAAAAUUUAAAAAAAAAAAAAAUUUUAUUUGCUCAUUGUCAUUAGAUUUUUUUCUUUAAUAUAACAGUAACAGAGUAAGAAAAAAUAAUUAACAUCCCAUUGUGCCAAUUUUUAUUAUUUAAUUUUUAGAGGCCAGCUCUCUGGUAUCUACGCAUUUGAUAUAAACUUGUUGACUCUAACUUUUUGUUUAUUUAAGGGGGAGGAUGGCAAAAAACUACAAGACGUUGUGCAACACGAACUGUAUUUGGUAAGUCUUUCCUAUAAUUUUCUCUGUUUUACUUUUAAAGUUUGUGAGCUAAAGGUUUCUUUUUGAUUUUGUUUGUAGUUAUUCAAUUUGUAAACUAUUUGUUAAGAUUAUGUAAUUAAGUUAAUUAUUUUAGUAUAAGAUCAAUUAAGAACAGAUUUCGUUUUGACAGACAAUUUAAAACUAAUUUAAUGGGUGUGUGUGUGUGAUGUUUAGAUGAUCAAUGCAAGUUGCUAUAAAAUCCCCCUCUAUGAUGUUGUUGAAAUAAUUUGAUAAAUAGUUUGAAAGUGAAAAUUACAAAGUGACCACAUUUUAAAUGAUUUAAAUUAUGUGUAUUAAAUUUAAAUGUUCUUAAAAAUAAAAUACCAUAUUCUUCAACAAUUUUUAGGUGUGGCUUGGGGUUGCCGUUGGUCCUGGGAUUACACAGGUGUGUUUAUGGAAACAUGCUACUGUGAGGAUGCUGAUGGCUGUAACACAUCGACUCAUCUCAGAUUCAGUGUCCUGCUCAUGUCUUUGUCUUCCAUUUUAUAUAUUCUUUUGUAUUUUGUGUAGUGUUUUUAUAUAUAUAUGUUUUGUUUUUUUUAAAGUUUGUCUAAAUUUUUACAUUCCAGGUUAAACUUUUACAAUAAUAAGCUGAAAAGUUUGGUAUACAUUUCCUCAGUUUGAGACUAAACAUUCCUUAAUAUAACAUAUUUGACAGUUGUGUUUCAAAUUUUUCUUUUAAAAUCAUUUCGUUGAGAGAGUCAUCACCAGCUAUCAUCUUUAAGAGCUUAAAAUAUGAGUCGUUAGCGUAGUAUAUUUUGUGUGUGUUUCCUGAAUGAAUGAGUUUGUGGAAGUGUGCAUCCAAUUAAGACUGGAAGUGUACAUGCAGUUAAGACUGGAAGUGUACAAGUGAGUGAGAAAAACAUUGGGCCAUCCACCACCAUAUCAAACAUAUCACUGUAACAUACGUUGGUUAAUGAUGUAAAUAGUAAUUUUCUUUUCUUAAAAAUUUACUGUUAUUUGUAAACCUGUAAAUAAUUAUUUUGUGAGACAACAUAUUAUACAGUUUUCAAGUUAUCUUUCUAUUGAAAAUUAUUAUUUUGGUAGAAUGUAUGUACUAGGAAUUCAUUACAUGCCUGUUGAUAAAUUUUCAGUUACACUGAGGAUUUAUUUUAUUUAUCUGUCUAAAAAUAUUUUAAAAUUCCUUUCAUUUGGAUAAAAUAUAAAUAGGAUUUAUAAAGAUCUUUUUAGAGCACUCAUUCCAGUUUGUCUUUAUGAGGGCUAUUAUAAAAUAGAGCACUCAUUCCAGUUUGUCUUUAUGAGGGCUAUUAUAAAAUAGAGCACUCAUUCCGGUUUGUCUUUAUGAGGGCUAUUAUAAAAUAGGCUGUUAGCUUAAAGAUAAUUCAUUUUAAAACAAAAAGUUGUUUUUUAACAAGACCUUCUUCAAUAAAAUAAAAAGUAUGAAUUAUUUCUGUCACUUGGUAAAUAUUUAUAAAAAUAUCCUUUUAAAAGUGCAUUGAAAAGGGUGAACAGUUGGAUUAGAUUCUGUAUAAAGUGUCUCUUUGUAAAAGUAGAUUUGUGCAGCUAAUACUUGAUUAUUACUCAAGUAACUUAUAUUGCCUUGCCUCCAAAUGUCACAUGUAUUUUAUAAGAUUAAAAAUUAUUAUUCAAACUAAAUCUAUCUGCUCUUUGACUUACAGUUUUGACAAUUAAUAAAGUAAAAUAAUUUUUUAAAUCUUAUUCUAUAAUUCACUUUAUUUUAACACAUAAUUAUAGGGAAUUUUUUUUAUUUUUCAGCACACAAAAAUAUCACAGACGUUAAAAUAUAUUACAAACAUUGUAUAUAACAUCAUGAAUUAAGUAUAAACACGCAUUUAAGUUAAUAUCAUGUCAAGUAAUAAAUCAUUUAUUUUUUUGCAA